AUGGUUGAACGGGGGACCUUGAAAUCGGUUCAGGUGAUGUCGGCGGUAAGCGGGGAACCGUUGUUGCGUAGGGUGAAGCAAGAGGCGGAGCCGCCACCGCAGUACUCGCCCACCGAGCAACAUCGCCCGAUGCAGUUCUUGGAGUCUUGCAAUCUUGAACUAGAGCCUAAAGAGGAGGUUAGGUUCUGCGUGUCUCCCGGAGACGGGGGUUUAGUAGGUAACGCAAGUCCAGAACAACAACACUGUUCCUCCACCACGGCGGCGGCCGCGAGCGGUGCGAGGGAUGACGACACGCCAAGAAGAUUGUGUUUAGUUUGCGGGGAUGUGGCCUCGGGAUUUCAUUACGGUGUUGCCAGCUGUGAAGCGUGCAAGGCGUUUUUUAAAAGAACUAUACAGGGGAACAUAGAAUACACAUGUCCAGCGUCAAACGAGUGUGAAAUAAACAAGCGGAGACGGAAGGCGUGCCAAGCGUGUCGCUUCCGCAAGUGUCUCAGGACAGGGAUGCUGCGGGAGGGCGUGCGCCUGGACCGCGUGAGGGGGGGCCGGCAGAAGUACAGGCGGGCCCCCGACCAACAGCCAACAAACACACCGAGGCCACAACUCGAUGACAUCAAAGUGCUAGAAGCGUUAACGUCAUACGAGCCGGAGCUGCUCACGUGCGGGGUGCCGCCCCCGGGCGUGACGGACCCCACGGCGCGCACGCUGUCCCUCCUCGCAGACAUAUACGACAGGGAGCUGGUCGCCAUCAUCGGCUGGGCCAAGCAGAUACCUGGUUUCACGGAUCUGGCAUUGAAUGAUCAGAUGCGGCUCCUGCAGAGCACAUGGGCGGAGAUGCUGAGCCUGAUGGUGGCGUACCGGUCGAUGGCGGCAGGUGCGCCGCGCCUGCGCUUCGCCGCCGACCUGGCGCUGGACGAGCAGCAGGCGCGCGAGGUGGGCGCGCACGACUUGUUCGUACAGAUCUCGGGUGUGUCGCGGCGGCUGGAGCGCGCGGGCGCGCAGCGCGAGGAGUGCUACCUGCUGAAGGCGCUGGCGCUCGCCAACUCGGAGGCGCGCAUCGACGAGCAGUGCGCGCUCAAGCGCUUCCGCGACGCCAUACUGCAGGCGCUCAACGACGCCGUCAGCGCGCUCAGGCCGUACAACAACUCGACGACGGCGAUGCAGCAGCUGCUGCUGGUGCUGCCGGCGCUGCGGCUGGCCGACGUCGCCGUGCGCCGCUUCUGGGCGGGCGUCCACCGCGACCGCCGCGCGCACAUGAACAAGCUCUUCGUAGAGAUGCUGGAGGCCUGCCUGCGA